CUACAUUUAGUGUUAGAGCGUUUUUAGCUCAAUUCUUAUCACUUACAUAAAUUCUCAAGUCUUUCCUAUUCCUAAAAAAAAAAAUAACUUUUAAUUGUUGGUAGAAUAAGGAUUUUGCCACAAACACUCAGACAAAAGUCCAAAAACUCUAGACUUAUACAGACAAUCCACUCUCUAUCCUCUAUUAUAGAAGUAUUAUAAGUACAGUUUCUGACAUUACAUUCUUCCUCUUUUCUUUCUUCCUUAUUGCACAAAUUUCAAGCUUAAUUUUUCAGUUUUUAUCCAUUUAUGGUCACAAUUCCUCGACUGAAGUACUGAUAGUGGACAAAACUUUGAAAUUUAAGGUCUUGAGCUCUGUGCUUUUCUCCAAAACUUUCCCUUUUUUGUCAACAAAUCAACUUUGACUUUUGCACUUGAAAGGCUAGAAAAAAAAAACAUAACCUUCAUUUUUAGGCAAAAAAUUGAAAAAAACAAAUCACAUCUUUUUUGUGGGUUUGAUUAAUUAUAAGUAUUUAACGCCUUUACUGAAAUUUUCAAGCUGAAUUUGGUAUUUUUUUUGUCUCUGAAUUAUGUUUUCUGAUCUGGGUUUUUUCUCUCAUUAUGUUAUUGUGUAAUUGUUUCAAUUUACUUUGAAUUUGGUGCUAGUGCUUCUGGUUAUAAGUGGGGUUUGUUUUACUUUAUUGGAAUCUGUUAAAAUGUGGGGUUCUUCUUGUUUUUAUGUUUAAUUGAUAAGCUUUUGUUUUACUCCUUUUUAAGCUCUCUUGGGGUUUCACUUUUUUUGUAGUUGCUGUAAUUUGGAGCUGAACUUUUUGAGGUUUGUAAUUCUGUUGUGGUAUCAUGGACUCUCCACAAUCUGUUGUUUCACCAUUCAAGAACCUAACUGUUAGUGGUACCGAGUCGGAAAAACAGAAAUCGGAAGUCUUGGUGAGGGAACCUGCGACUCACGUGUCAAACGGAACGAACAAUGGGUUGAAGGUAAAUGCUCAUAGCUCACAAGACUUCAUUGGAACCCUCGACGUGUUUGUACAUCAGGCAAGGGACAUCCAGAACAUCUGUAUUUACCACAAACAAGAUGUUUACGCCAAGCUUUGCUUGACUAGUGAUCCUGAAGCUGCGGUAUCCACGCAAACCAUAAAUGGUGGUGGAAGAAAUCCCAUCUUUAAUCAAAGCAUUCAGCUGAAUGUUAGGACCGUCGAAUCCUCCCUGAAAUGUGAGCUCUGGAUGCUUAGCCGUGUCAGAAAUUAUCUUGAAGAUCAGUUGCUCGGGUUUGCUCUUGUCCCAUUGUCGGAAAUCUUUAUCAAGAAUGGGAAGUUAGAGAAAGAAUUCACUCUCUCUUCGACUGAUCUUUUCCAUUCUCCAUCUGGGUUUGUCAAAUUGUCUAUAUCAUACUCCGGUGCCUCCCCAGAAGUCAUGGAAAUUUCUAAAUUACCUAUGGAUGUCGAAAAUACUGUGCAGGCAUCAGGCGCUGUAGAGUCUGUUCCUAACGACUUUGAAAAGAUCGAGUUUCCUGACCCAAAUAUCCUGAACGAAAACGAAAUGAUGAUAUCCGAGUACUUUGCGCUCAAUUUGGAAUCUCAGACUCCCGAGAGUUUGGUUUCAUCAGACACCGAGAGUCAUGAGCUUGGUGUUCGUGUUGUAGAGAAUUUUUCAGCAAAUGGUGAAGAACAGUCCGAGCCAAUUAUCCCUAAUGCUGAUUCCCCUCCUAGCAGUGUUUCCACCAAUGAAUCUCUUCCAUCUGUUUGUCUCCCCGCUAGCUCUCAAUUUUUGGAGGCCCCUGUCACUCCCGAGUCUCCAAGACAUGAGCAUGUAUCCCCCGUAAAAGACACGAAGAACGAAGAGGGAGAUAGCGAGAGAAAUUCUGCUAACGGGUCUUGUAAACCAUCGAAAGAUACAAUUAUAACCCCGCUUGUGACUGUGAACGUCGAGCCAGAGGAGAAAAUGGUGCAGCAAGACAUUGUUGAUAUGUACAUGAAAAGCAUGCAGCAGUUUACCGAGUCCUUGGCCAAAAUGAAGCUUCCCAUGGAUCUCGAGUCUGAACCAACCAUGUCGGGGAGUUCGAGUUCUGAUCAAAAGUCGGAAACACCAAAGAGUACUGGUUCUCGAGUCUUCUAUGGAAGUCGGGCUUUCUUCUAAUAAGUUUUUUAUAAUCAUGGUGGAAAGCUGAAACAGGUGACUUUCUAGAUCUUAGAAUCAUGAAUAUUUAGUGAUUACUGAUGUAUGUUGAGAUGUAAUUUGUGUUUUUAGUGUUCACUGAUGUAUGUUUAGUAUAUCUUAGUUCUUAGAUCAUGGUGGGGGGAUAGUAUUGAGCAAUGGCUGUAUUAGGUGCAAACUUUGCUCUGUCACAUUUCAUGUUAUGAUAAAUGAACAAGUUUCUUCUGUGUCUA